AUGCAAAUUCAAUGUACUUAUGAUGAAGUAACUCAUUCCAAUAAGAAAUUUUACCGCUGCACAGUCACACGUGAAUUAAUUCCAACAAACAAGGAAUUAAAAUUUAUUGGCCAGCAUGGAGAUGGAAUGACAAAUCAGCACGUACGUUAUUUAAAUUUUAGUGAUUGCAGAGUUGCAAAAGUUCCACAAGGACUUACUAAAAUCUUUCCAAAUUUAAAAGUUUUGAGCAUUUUAAAUUCAAAAUUAAAGAAAAUCAGCAAAAAUGAUUUGUGUGAGUACAAAAAUUUGACAGAGUUGAUGUGCUCAAAUAAUGAAAUUGAAUUCUUGCCUAACAACUUGUUUGAAAACAAUAAAAAUUUAGAAGUUAUUGAUUUCUCUGGCAAUCAGUUGCGAGUUAUUGGACCAAAAAUUUUUAAUGGACUUGAAAAGUUAAAUCAUGUGGAUUUUAGUCUAAAUCCAAACUAUAAAAAGCUCUCAAAUGCUGAAACAUAUUAUUACAAUGCCACGCUUGAUGAGAUCAAAACUGAUCUUUGCUUGAAAUAUAAACAAAAUAUAGAACUUUAUGCUGAUUAUAUGUAUUUAGAGAAUCCACAAUCAACUUACAAACUUCAAAGAUUAAUCACUGAUGACUUCCAAGCCUUCAUCCAAGACGAUUCCACCAAAGACUUCAAGAUCAUCAUUAGCGACCAAGAAUUUCCAGUUCACAAGUUCCUGCUUGCAGCUCGAAGUCCAACUCUAGCUGAAUUGCUGAAAAACAACCCUGAAGUUGAAAAUUUAAAUUUAAUCGACAUUUCGGUGGAAAUUUUUGAGAAAAUCCUUAAAUUUCUCUACACUGAUGAACUUCCAGGCGACGACGGGACGAACUUUUUGCUCCUUUUUGUAGCUGCUGGGAAACUGAAGAUCCAGGAACUCCAAAAUUUUGCAGCUGUAAAGAUUAUUCAACAAAUUGAUGAGAACAAUGCAUUGGACAUCCUCAAAUUAGGCAAUAAAUAUGAUCACGAAGAGAUGCGAUUUAGAGCAUUUGAAGAAGUCAAGAAGAAGUAUCCAAAUGUUGGUUUUAAAGCUGAACUUGCUACUGAUAUGGACAGCAUUGAUAAACUUAUUGAAGCUGUUAAACGCAAGGAAGAAAUUGAAAGGGAAAUUGAGAAAAUGUUUUGUAAAUUUUAG